AAGAAAAAAACCCAUAUAUUAUAAAAGAAACAACGAGUUUAUGAAUUGAGAAAUACAGAAAUAGAAACGAAUUAGUGAAAGUUGGUCGCAGAUGGUUGCAUACUACUCACACCACAACAGCUGCUUAUUCUUCCAACACUGACAUAAACUUCUCAGAAAAAGAUACCAGCAAACUUAUUUCUCUAAGAUGGCCAUUUCUCUGUGGAUAACAAUAUAUUGCAUGUUUGGAAUAUUGAAAACUACUGACUGUCUCAACAAAUGCGAUGAAGAGGUCUCCACAUGUAAAGGCACUAAGCCUUUCCAGAAAGUUUAUUUUGAUUCUACAGACAGCUGUUACUAUGACUUUAAUGUAAAUAGUUCCUAUUAUGAAGCAAAAACAAGUUGUGAAGAAAUGGGCGCUCAUUUACUCACCAUAGAAUCAGAGGAAGAACAGACUUUUGUUGUAACAAAACUGUCAAUACGGAAAUCUGGACGAUGGCUUGCUCUGGAGAAAAUUGGCAAUGAAUGGAUUUGGUAUUAUAAUAACAUCCAAAAAAACCUUAACUUUAGCAAACUACUAAGAGAAUCAGGAGUACAAGAGAAUGUUAGGGCAUUUACUCAGUAUAACCAGUGGCAACCAGAAUCUGUAGAAGCUAUGCACCCAUUUGUGUGUGAGUUUGACAUCAAAGCAGAUCCGAAGGCACAAACUGUACAAUACACUAAUUCCAAAAGUAACAUCACAUUUGUUACUUUCAUCAAAAGUGGGAAUUUUAUCCAAAACACUCUUUUAUGCGGCAACUUUUGUCUUCAAACAGCAUGCUGUACUGUCUACAGAUUUGAUUCUGUUAAAUACAAAUGUGAACUCUACCAAGAAGAUUUUACCAGUAAAACUGAAUUAAUUUGUACUGAAAAAUACAUAACAUGUUACAGCAAGAUCACCAACUGAGGCAGCUAAUGGACUGAAUUUGAUCGAAAAUCUCUUUCAUUGAUGUGAAUGAAGCAAAGAAAGAGAGAAUGUUUUUCAGGAAAAAGAGCCAGGAUCAAUGCUAUUAAAAGAACCAGUUAAUGUUAUGUGUUGCAUGUUUAUUUACAUAGAUUAGAGGCUGAAUUGUCUUUGGAAUUGUAGCUAGAACCAAAUACCAAAGUCGAUCUACAAACCAACAAAUACAUUUCUUUUAUUAAAACAUCAUAAAUAAUAAUCAUUCAUUAGGUGAUAUUUGACACAAGGUCAGGUGAUAUUCAAAUGUCGUCAUAUGAUAUUGUUUAUGUAAGGUCACAUGAUAUUUUGAUAGUAAAUCAGAUGACAGUAUGAUGUAAGGUCAUGUGAUACUGCAAUGCAAAGUGUGAUGAUAAUCAGAAUGUACAUUAUUGUUUUGUUUAAUUAUAAGUUUCAUAUAA